UUUUAAUUUUCGGGGUUCACAGAAUAAAAAAAAUCUGGCUGUCACUAGUCCCACUCUUUCUUCGCUGCGGCACUGGGAGUCUCUAGUCUCUUGACUCUUGGAAUUCUGCAGUGCAGGAACUAACACCAAUCGUGUUGGGUUGAAGGAUUUCACGAACCCACUGUUCUCCUCUCUCUCUCUCAGAUUUGAUCGCAAGCAAAUUGGGUUUUGGAAAAUUGAAGCAGAAUCUUCGAAUCGAGGGUGAUUGUUUGCUAAUUGAAUUCCGUUUGUUCUUGAAACAUCCCAAAGGGUCUCAACUUCAGUUAAGAGGCCAAGGUUCACUGUAAAUUAAACUCGAAGUCUCUUAAAUUCCCAUAAGAACAUGGAAGGAUUCGAAGAAUGGAAGAAACAGGCAGAGCAAUGGUCAUCUCAAGCAUUGCAACAAUGGAAGAAACAGGCAGAGCCAUUAUGGUCUCAAGCACAUGAGUACAUUCAGCAGGUUCCGCCUACUCAGAUCUAUGCUGCUCUUGCCAUCUUGCUAGUAACCUCAGUUUUACUCUUAUUAGGUAGGUUGUUGAAACGGCAAAAAGCUAAUACCAUAUUGCUGAGUGGGCUUAGCGGGAGUGGAAAGACUAUUCUUUUCUAUCAACUUCGGGAUGGGUCUGCUCACCAAGGUACUGUGACAUCAAUGGAACCAAAUGAGGGAACUUUUGUGCUCAAUUCUGAAAAAUCAAAGAAUGGAAAGUUAAAGCCUGUGCAUCUUGUUGAUGUUCCUGGACAUUCUCGUCUCAGACCCAAACUAGAUGAGUUCCUGCCUCAAGCAGCUGGUAUAGUUUUUGUGGUGGAUGCUUUGGAAUUCUUACCAAACUUGCGUGCUGUUUCAGAGUACCUGUACGAUCUUUUGACCAAGGCAAGUGUGGUGAAGAAGAAAAUUCCCAUUCUUAUUCUCUGCAACAAGACAGACAAAGUAACAGCACAUAGCAAGGAGUUCAUUCGCAAACAAUUGGAGAAGGAAAUUGACAAAUUACGGGCAUCAAGAAGUGCAAUAUCAACAGCUGAUAUUGCAAAUGACUUUACUCUUGGAGUACUUGGUGAACCAUUUUCAUUCACUCAGUGUCAGAACAAAGUUACAGUUGCAGAAGCUGCGGGUAUUAUAGGCGAGGUAGCUGAGGUGGAACGGUUCAUCAGGGACCAUGUAAAGUCUUAGGAUGUUUGAUUGGAUUUCAUGAAUUUGUGGUGGUUCUGCUCUGAUAGAGUUAGACGGUCUGAAUAUGGUGGUUCGAUCAUUGAAAAUCCUCAAAAAAGAUGCCUGAAACCAAUUAACUUUUCAAGGAAGGAUUUUAGAGGAAAACGGAAGAGACACUAAUCCAUGUUUGUGUUGUAGUGGGCGACUGAAUAUGAUACCAAGAACAGCUUGUGGUGGGUUUUAUUACUUGCAUUUUAAUUCGAGAAGUCUUAUUACUUGCA